AUGCAUUUCUCUUCCCUCGUCGCAGCCGCCAUUGGCGGUGCUGCCAUGGUCUCUGCUGCUCCCGCAGCCUCUCCCCUUGAAAAGCGCGCCACAACCUGCACCUUCAGCGGCUCUAGCGGUGCUGCAUCUGCCACCCAGUCCAAGGCCGCUUGCGCCACUAUUGUCCUCAACAACGUUGCUGUUCCUGCCGGUACCACCCUCGACCUAACUGGUCUGAAAACUGGCACGCACGUCAUCUUCCAGGGAACCACCACCUUUGGCUACAAGGAGUGGGCAGGUCCUCUGGUCAGUGUUUCCGGUACUUCUAUCACCGUCACUGGUGCCUCUGGCAGUGUCCUUGAUGGCGACGGUGCUCGCUGGUGGGACGGCAAAGGCUCCAACGGUGGCAAGACUAAGCCCAAGUUCUUUUAUGCUCACAGCUUGACCACUUCGUCCAUCAAUGGACUCACCAUCAAGAACUCUCCCGUCCAGACUUUCUCCAUCAACGGAGCCAAGACCUUGACCAUGGAUUCCAUCACCAUCGAUGGCUCCGCUGGAGACAGCCUCGGACACAACACUGAUGCCUUCGACAUUGGAAGCUCAACUGGCGUCACCAUUACCAAUGCUGUCGUGCAUAAUCAGGAUGACUGUGUUGCCAUCAACUCUGGUUCUGGCAUCACCUUUUCCGGCGGCUCUUGCACUGGUGGCCACGGUCUUUCUGUCGGCUCCGUCGGCGGCCGCGACGACAACACUGUCAGCAACGUCAAGUUCCUCAACAACAAGGUCAUCAACAGCGACAAUGGUAUCCGCAUCAAGACUGUAUCUGGCGCCACCGGUUCCGUCUCCGGUGUCACUUACAGUGGCAACACUCUCUCCGGCAUCAAGAAGUACGGUAUCGUCAUCGAGCAGGACUACGAGAACGGCAGCCCUACUGGCGUCCCUACCACCGGUGUCCCAAUCACUGGCUUGACCAUGACCAAGAACACUGGCACAGUCACCAGCUCUGCCACUGAGAUAUACAUCCUCUGCGGUAAGGGAUCUUGCUCGAACUGGACCUGGAGCGGCAAUUCUGUCACUGGUGGCAAGAAGUCCACUGCAUGCUCCAACAUCCCCAGCGGUGGUGCUGCCUGCUGA